UGUGGCAUUGCACUGUGCUGCUCCAACACUAAAGGUCCACUUCAAUAUGACUAAAUUUUUAGUUGCCAUAGACUUCGGCACAGCCUACAGUGGCUACUGCUUCUGUAUGAGAUCCAACCCUUCUCAUAUCAGGACUCCACACUGGGGGAAAAAUGAGAGUUUUGAUACCCUGAAAACUCCAACCUGCAUUUUGUUUGAUGAAGAUGGGGCAUUGCUGCAUUUUGGCUAUGAUGCACUGAUGAAAUACAAGAGAGGUGGUCAAAACAAGAAACGCUUUUUCAAUAAUUUCAAAAUGGAGCUUUACAACAAAAAUAUCGACAGAAACAUGAUGAUCUCUGACUGUGGAGGGAGGUCUUUGGCGGCUAUGAAAGUGUUCUCUGAAAGUCUCCGAUAUCUAAAGGAUCAUGCUCUAAACAUGAUAUCAAACCACACGAAUGGGAGAACAUUCAGUGCCUCUGAUGUAUCCUGGGUGCUGACUGUGCCGGCAAUCUGGAAUCCUGCAGCCAAACAAUUCAUGAGAGAAGCAGCAAUACAGGUAAGUCUUGUCACUGAGACAGACUCAUCAAAGCUCAUCAUCGCGCUAGAGCCAGAGGCAGCCUCAGUGUGGUGCAAGCAGCUCCCUAGUGAUGGCUUCAUCUCAGAGGGACUUGACAACAACAUACUGGAGCAAAAUACUGGAACACAGUACAUUGUUGUUGAUUGUGGUGGUGGAACAGUUGACAUUACUGUGCACCAGGUCUUGGAUAAAGGGAUCCUGAAGGAAUUACACAGAGCUUCUGGUAACGAUAUGGGUGGUGGAACUGUUGAUGCUAAGUUCAAAAAUCUCCUCAGAGACAGCUUUGGCUGUGAGUUCUGGGACAAAUACGAAAAAGCACACCCCAGUGAAGUGCAGAAAAUGAUGUUUGAUUUCACUACAUUUAAAUGUUGCGAUGAAAAGCAGGAUGUUUACAUUCCUUGCUAUCACAACUUGUCCACAACUUUAGCGCAGGAGAAGCAAGACAUGUCCUCCUUCUUCACAGAUGUUGAGGGAGUCUCAUGGUCAGAAGGCUCUAUCAAUAUUACCUUUUCAAAGCUAGAAACAUUGUUCAGGGAGAGUGUGGACAAAAUAGUGCAGGACAUAAGAGCAAUCUUACUCAAACCAGAGCUACACAUAGACUGCAUUCUCUUAGUAGGGGGCUAUGCAUCUUGUAAAAUCCUUCAGAAUGAAGUGAAAGAGCAGUUUGGCGGUCAGCGCAGAAUCCUCUGUCCUGUGGAUGCUCAGCUGGCUGUGGCAAAAGGGGCAGUCCUGUUUGGACUGAACCCCAAGAUCGUGGCAUCACGAGUCAGUGCUCUGACCUAUGGCAUUGCAGAAGCUCGCCUGUUUGACAGAGCAAUACACAGGGUAGAGAAGCGGAGAAAAGCCAAAGAAGAAGAGUACGUGUUCUGUGCUGAUCUUUUUCACAGAUUUGUCCAAAAAGGUCAGUCUGUAGUCUGUGAUCAGGCUGAGGAGUAUAUGUUUCGUCCAGUUGAUUCUGACCAGACUACCAUGAGCUUCCAGUUUUACAGCACAGAGGAACCAGAUGCAAUGUAUGUAGAUGAGCCUGGAUUGAAAAAAAUUGGACAGUUCGUUGUCAAUAUGCCUGAUAUAAGGGAGGGCCGAAAUCGACUGGUGAAACUUGAGGUUAGUUUUGGAUUAACAGAGAUACAAGCUACAGCCACUGACAUGACCUCCAACGAACAAGAGUCUGUUAAGCUGGAUUUUAUGACGCAGUGAAACCAGAUUUAUGGUUUUAAAUCAAAUUACUGGAAGUCACACACAGA